CUGAGCAAACAGCUGAAAAGACCAUAAACCUCUAGCACCGUACUUUUUUUUUUCUAUUGAGAUUGUUCGUCAAAGUUGGACUUCACCAGCUUUAUUUUUAGAACGUGUACUUGAAUUGUUAUGGGGAAUGAGGAAUUGCAAGAAGUAAUGUAAGGGGGUGAAAGGACAUGACUUAACUACUUAUGUUUUUGAAAAGCCAUUGUAUCUGAAAAAAAUUUUCUUGAUUAUUGUCAAUUUAUCAUACUGUUGCGAAUAUAAUAGGAUUUUUAUUAUGAUUUUAAAUGCCCGAACAUCUACACACAGUUUACAGCGUACUGUAAAGUAGAUUUCCACAGGAAAAAUUCUACUUUCCAGACUUAUCCUUAUGAGGCACCUGAAACCCUCCAUAGGAAUGUUGCGAGUUGAUGAAAGAAAGUAAGUCUUCCUUUCCCAAACAUUGACCUCUGCCAGCUUCUCAGCUCACAAAGACAGUUUUGCACCACCCACUGCAGCAGCCUCCAUAAAAGCCCCUCUGGCUCAUCCUGAAUUCACAAAGAAGUAUACUGGAUGAACUUUCGGGAUAUACAGGUCAUUUAAGAUGUAUUUAACAGCAGGAGUUAUCUUUGCUGAAUAACAUAAAACACUGAGAGAAUAUCAGACUAUUUGAGAGCAUGAGGAAGGCAUUCUGCUCUGUGCUUCUCUUUUGGACAGGUGUAAUCUUACUGAGUGGUCUUGGCUGCUUGUGUGAGCAUGAUGGCAAAGUGAGCACAGAAGGCAUUGGACAGUCGAAGACCCCUCACCUGAUCUUCAUCAUGGUGGACGACCAGGGCUACGGAGACACUGGCUAUCACGGCUCUGACAUCCACACUCCUGCUCUGGACCAGCUCGCAGCAGAGGGCGUCAAGCUGGAAAAUUAUUACGUCCAGCCUAUCUGCUCUCCUUCUCGCAGUCAGCUCAUGACAGGACGUUACCAAAUUCACACUGGACUACAGCAUUCGAUCAUCCGACCGCGUCAGCCGCUCUGUUUGCCCCCAGACAUGCCCACUCUGCCCGAGCGCCUGGCUGAGGCUGGAUAUGCCACGCACAUGGUUGGGAAAUGGCACCUGGGAUUCUCCAGGCCAAACUGCCUGCCCACACGGCGCGGAUUUCAGAGCUUCCUGGGAACCCUGACGGGCAGUGGCGACCACUUCUCCUAUCGGAGCUGCGAUGGGGCUGAAGCUUGUGGAUUUGACUUGCAUGAUGGGAACAGACCCGCCUGGGAGAUGAGAGGGAACUACUCUACGCUGCUCUACAUUGAAAGAGUCAAGAAGAUUUUGCAGAGCCACAAUUCCCAAAGGCCACUCUUCCUCUACCUGUCGCUGCAGGCUGCACACACUCCUCUGCAGGCACCAGACCUUUUUCUGCACCACUAUGAUGCGCAGAGCAAUCGUCAAAGGCGUCACUACGCAGCCAUGCUUAGCUGCUUGGAUGAGGGGAUUGCAGAGCUUGUCAAAGAGCUGAAGACUAGCGGUCUCUAUCAAAACUCCGUCUUGAUCUACUCAUCCGAUAACGGAGGACAGCCGCUCUCAGGCGGGAGCAACUGGCCACUGAGAGGAGGGAAGGGGACCUAUUGGGAAGGAGGCAUUCGGGCGGUGGGGUUUGUCCAUAGUCCCCUUUUGAAGAGGAAGGGGAUCGUAAGCAGAGCCCUAAUCCAUGUUUCUGACUGGUAUCCCACAUUACUCUGGCUUGCAGGGACCCUGCAAUCCCCCCACAACAUGGAUGGCCAUAAUGUCUGGGCUAGCAUCAGCGAAGGUUUGCCUUGCCCCCGCACAGAAAUCCUUUUAAACAUUGACCCUGUGUCCAGGAAACCCGGGGAGCCCUACGACAAGGCGCUGGAACUCAAUGGCUUCGGGAUCUGGGACACAGCUGUGAGAGCCGCACUAAGGGUGGGUGACUGGAAGCUUCUGACAGGAAAUGUGGGUGAUGGAGACUGGAUACCACCGCAGGCUCUUCCAGUCGGCCCGGAACGGUGGCAGAAGCUUGAGAAGCGGCGCAACAGGCUGGGGAAGUCGGUGUGGCUGUUCAACGUCAGCGCUGACCCGUACAAGAGGUUCGACCUCGCCGAGGUUCGUCCAGAGGUGGUGAAACAUCUGCUGGCUAGACUGGCGGAGUACAACCACACUGCUGUGAUGGCAAGGAACCCACCCGAUGAUCCUAUGGCUGACCCAGAACUUCAUGGGGGAGUAUGGAGCCCAUGGCUGGGCCUGGAGGGGUGGGGAAGAAACGAGAAAGAUAAAGAUGGAAAAAAGGGGAAGAUUCCAAAGGUUAGGCACUGCAAAUUAUGCAAAUUAAAAGCCCUAUUUAAAAAAGUGGAGUCACGUCUGGAAAGAAAAACCCUUUUCUAGUUGACAAAUGUACACACAGUACAUACCAAAAGAAUUUAGGUUAUUUCAUGUUGAUGUUUGCAAACCUCUGAGAGUUCAGCUGGACUCUCUUUACAAACUGGAGUACUACUGAAUGUUGCUCUGAAUUUUAUUUUGAAUACAAAUUAUUAAAAUGAAUUUGUAAAAAAAAUUUGAAAACCAUCCCAAUAACAUAAAUUCAAAGUCCUGGUUGCAAUGUGACACAGAGUGAACAAGUUCCAGAGGGGCAAAUACUUUAGCAAGACAGAAUUUAUACAUUUUGUAGUUACUGUAAAUAAACAGCAUAUAUGUAUAACAAGUGUUACCAAUUUAUUUGAAAAGUUAAACAGCUAACAUGUUUAGAAGUCAUCUUAGGGACGCUGAAAAGGAAAAUAAAGCCCAGAAUCAGAAAUUCGAGUCCAAUAGAAGGUAAACAGAGAAGAAAGAAAUACAGAGUCUUGAUGAGCAGUAAAAAAAUUUGUAAAAAAUAAAUAAAAUAGCACAAAUCAUAUAAAUGAAAACCCAAACCCGAAUCCUGAAGGUCGUCAGAUAAAAAGACCGACAAGCAGACAUGGCUGCGUGUCUGGCUGAAGACGAUGACUCCUUCUCUGUCCUGCAGCCAAACUCAAGAAACGGUUUGAUUUGUGCAGAUGGAACAGGAGUGGUCGCAUGUGGAUGUGAGGCCUGAUGUGACCUCCUAAUCAUCCAAGAGGAUUUUUUUCAAGCUGACAUGAAGAUACCCACCGGGGGGGCUGCUGUCAAAUGUCAUUUUGUGCUCUUAGUCUUGGAGGUGGGGGGACACAUGCAAGUCUGAUUGCAGUUCUCUCUUUUGGCCUUCAAAGACCUCUGAUCUCUACUUGUCUAUUUAUGGUGGCCCUAAAAGUUCAGCAGCCGAUACAGCCAGACUUUUGUGAAUAUUUACAUGCUUCUAUGUGUUGCAUAAUAAAAAGCACAGAGAGGAUUUUUUUUUCAGUCUGGAGUACUACUCCAGCGUGAAGUAGCCUGUAUUUAGACUAGUAUUUAAUUAGUCUAAAUACAGAAAUAAAUAAAUAAAAAAGUUGUUUCAGAGUUUACCGCGAUAGACACUUCAGGACUUUUAGGUCUGAAAUUUGACUAGGCCAUUCUACCACAUAAGUCUCCUUGGAUUUAAAUCAUUUGAUAUCAAAUUUAAACCCAAAAUUAUUUGCAUGAAAAUUAUUUUCAUUCAACCAGAAUGUGUGG